GGAAGCCUACACUAAAGAAAGGAGGGGGCUGCUGUGCGCCAGUUGGAGGUGUCCGCCUGUCGCAGCGGCUCGGGGUUGACGUUCAGAGGAGCGCGUCCAUGCUCCCAGACACUCACACCGAGCUGGUUCCAGGCAGACGCUCAUCGGACCCGAGCGCGCGCGCGCACACGCACACACACACACACACACACAUGGAUGGACGCACGGACGGAGAGACGGUGCACUCCGAGUUAACUUGACGGCCGGCGCGAGGAACCUCUGGAUAUAAUGGGGAACGCGACGCCGAAACCCUUGAUAGAUGCGACUCUGCAACCCCGCCCAGUGGCCAGCAGGCAGUACUACACCCUGCCUAACAGUGGAGCAGGUGUGGAGAGAAGGACGUCUCCGGUCAGCAUCAAUGUGGAGUCGCCCCGCUUCCACCCCCACGCCAAGGGCAAGAACAUCAGGCUGGAUGGGCAGCUUCGCCGAGCCACUCGCAAAAACAGCUUCUGUAAUGGCAUCACGUUCAGCCAUCGGCCGGUCCACCUCUAUGAGAAGGUGCGUCUUCGUCUGACAGGCGUGCACACCGGCUGGAGUGGAGCCCUACGCUUUGGUUUCACCAGUCUGGACCCCAGCGAACUGGUCGCCGCUGACAUCCCCAAGUAUGCCUGCCCGGACCUGGUGACGCGGCCCGGCUACUGGGCCAAAGCUUUGCCCGAGAGACUGGCCCUGAAGGACAACGUGUUGUCAUUCUGGGCUGAUCGCCACGGGCGAGUUUUCUACAGCAUCAACGAGGGAGAGCCCAUCCUCUUCCACUGUGGGCUCAGCAUCGGCUGUCCACUCUGGGCCAUCAUAGAUAUCUACGGCAUCACUCAGGACGUCACGCUGCUCGAAAGCACGUUUGCGGAGAGCGUGGGCUCCAGCUGCCUGAGUGCGGCCCGUCUGAGUGCCUAUCUGCCCCAGAGUAACCACGACUCUGCCAAUUACAGCAACAAUCAGCUAGAGAACAACCAGACCGCGGCUGCCAAGAUGGCCAACCUCCAGCUCAAUAACUACGCUCAGCUCAUCCCCUGCUGCUCUUCCACCUCUUCCUCAUCCACACCCUCCUCCUCGGCCUCCACUGGAUUCAGCGUCCUGCGGGUGGUCCGGGGCCUCCCUUCCCUGUUGGACAAUGACUUGCACUUUCACCCCGUCCGCGGCUCUGAUGUAAUACUCUCUGCAGACCGCUCAGCUGCCUGCAUCCACUUUCUCGACAGCAGUCGGACUCUGGUGUUCAGUGACCGGCCGCUGCACGUGGGUGAGACUUUGUACGUGGAAGCUGGCCACUUGGGCCUGCCCUACUUUGGGGCGCUGCUGUUUGGUUUAACGUCCUGUGACCCGGCUAGUCUACAUGCUGGGGACCUGCCGGCAGACCCCGAGGUCCUCCUGGACCGUAAAGAGUAUUGGGUGGUGCACCGGGACUUCCCCGUGCCUUGCUCCGGAGACGUGCUCAGCUUCAGUCUGCUUCCUAGCGGAGAGGUGCACCACGGGGUGAACGGAGUGGGACGUGGCAGGCUGCUGUGUGUGGACUCCUCUCAGGUCCUCUGGGCCUUUUUCACCCUGCAUGGGGCUGUCAACAGACUCAGGAUACUAGGAACUCUGCAGUCCAGUCCUCCCUCCGCAUCCCCCAGCACUUCUCAGAGCAGCAGCCCAGACGACAGUGACUCAGACCUGGCGUUCAGUGUCAACAGAUCCUCCUCUGCCUCUGAGUCCUCUCUGGUGACUGCUCCCAGUUCCCCUCUCAGUCCUCCCGUCUCCCCCAGCCUCACCGCCUCAGAACUGCCCUCUGCUGGGAAAAACGGAGAAUGCACUAUUUGCUUCGACCAGGAGGUAGACACCGUCAUCUACACCUGCGGACACAUGUGUCUGUGCAACGACUGUGGACUGAAGCUGAAGAGACAGAUCAACGCGUGCUGCCCGAUAUGCCGGCGGCCCAUCAAAGACGUCAUCAAGACAUAUCGGCCGUGAAAGGUCCAGACGUUUGAGAAGGUGCUGUGACUUCUGUCGCUGGACGCCACUUGCUUCUCCUUCUCAGGCUUUGUUGGACACAUACCUUAUUUCCAAUUGGAGAUUAGCCACACCAGGAUGAAACUGUGCCUAUAUAUCAAUUCUGUUUGGGUAAAUCAUAUCUGGAGACGGACCAGACUCUUCAUACGCAGAACUGUGACACAGCUCAUGAAACAUAGACUGCACACAAGCUAUUCUAUAUUUUUGGCUAAAGAAGAGGAGAUGAAUCAUGUGCUCCUGUUUUGUAUUCUCCAUGUAUUUGUUGUGAAUGUUUUUCUCCUUACCACCGUCAUCCUAGAUAUUUGUGUGCUUCAACAGAAUAUGCGGACCGUAUUUUAUGACUUCUAGUGCCUUAGAAUCGUCACAUUGUGUGUCCAAGUAAUUAUGCUAACAACCCCUAGCCAUAUUUCAAUGUACAGUACCGAAAGCUUGUGGUGAAUAAGGCGCACAGACACAGAUGAUGCAAUAAAGGGUGUAACAGUACGUAGAAGGGUGUAACUGUAUGUUAAGUGUGCUCGGUGGCGUGCUUUAAGAGACGUGUGCUUGAAAACAUUGUUUGGGAAGUAUAAGAUUAUGAAUCAGUUUUUUGCACAUUGAGAGAUUAAUAAAUGUAGACUAAGUGUGA